AUGAAAUCAUCUCAAACAUCGCCGUCAAAUGAAUUGAUCACACUUUCUCUAGUAUCUAAACAAAAUCAAAAUUCAGUAAAGACAUUAGAAUCAUUAUUUUGGAAAAUUACCGAUCCUGACAGUGAUCAAUAUCAGCAAUGGCUCACACGUAAAGAGAUUGAUAAAAUUUUAAAACCACAUUCAAAAUGUUACUCAUUAAUUCAAAAGUGGUGUAAGAAACAACCGUUUAAAAAAGUAAAUAAGAUUGGUACGGAUGUAUUUAAAAUUACGACAACAGUCAAACACGCAUCAGAAUUAUUUUCAACAAAAUUCUAUCCGUACACUCAUGUACAAAAUAAAAAACGUAUUAUUCAUCGAAUUCAUGGACAAUAUCAAAUUCCAGAUGAAAUCUAUUCAUGUGUCGAUUUAACUGUUGGCUUGGAUACGUUUCCCCUUGAAAAAAAUAUUUUCGGCAGACAACAAAAAUUUACCGAUGGCAAUGUUGAUAGUUCUCAACAACAGCUACAACAAACGGACAUUAUCACACCACAGUUUCUAAUUGAUUACUAUAAAAUACCAAAUGUGAAAAAAACGGGUCUACCACGAAAUGACGUAUCACAAGGCUCCAUUCAGUUCCUAGGACAAUAUUAUGAUGAAAAAGAUUUACAAAAAUAUUCACAGGCGGUAAAUAUUC